AUGAUCGGGCACCAUGGGGGUGUCCCUUAACUUGUGAGCAUGACUUCUGGUGGGCUUGAUAAUGCAUAAAAACCCCAGCCCUUGCAAUGGUAAAGUGCUGAAGCAGAAGCAUACCAAACUUCUCCUGAAGAGUCCAAAUGGCUUCCACCACUUUCCUUACGCUGCCCUCUGGGAAGCGGAUGCCUCAGCUUGGCCUGGGGACAUGGCUGUCUCCUCCAGGUAUUGUUCAAGGCGCCAUUGAAUUCGCGAUCAAAAAUGGCUACCGGCACAUUGACUGUGCUUAUUUAUAUGAAAACGAGCAGGCAAUCGGUGAAGGUUUUGCGAAGGUCCUGAAGGAAUGUCCAGUGAAGAGGGACGAGCUUUUCAUUACUAGCAAGCUGUGGAAUGCCUACCAUGCUCCCGAAGAUGUGAAGCCAGCUUGCAUGGAAAGUAUGAAGAUGCUACAACUGGAUUAUCUGGAUCUGUACUUAAUGCAUUCCCCAAUGAGCAUCAAGAACGUCAAGGGGGAACUUAUGCCACAGAAGGAUGGCAAAAUACUGCAGACAGAUGUUGAUUACGUGGACACAUGGAAGGCGAUGGAGAAGCUGGUGGAUGAAGGCCUGGUGAAAAGCAUUGGGGUGGCCAACUUUAACAAGUGUCAACUAGAAAGGCUGAUCUCUGCAGCAAGAAUUAAGCCUGAUGUCCUUCAGGUGGAGCGACAUCCCUUCCAGACCCAGAAGACCCUGGUUGCCUUCACCAAGUCCAAAGGGAUGGCCAUGACAGCAUACAGCCCCCUGACAUCCCCCGAGAGUCCUUUCCUUUCAGGUCUCAAGAAUGGCAUGGAAGAACCAGUGGUGAAGGAAAUUGCUAAGAAGCAUGGGAAAUCUCCUGCUCAGAUUUUGAUCCGCUUUAAUAUACAAUGUGGCAUAGCAACUAUUCCAAAGAGCCAAACGCCUGCUCACAUCAUCGAGAACACCAAGGUCUUUGAUUUCUGUCUCACAGAUGAAGAGAUGAAAAAGCUGGAAUCCCUCCAUUGUGGGGCACGAGCAGUUCCCUGGGACCUCUUGGGGUUGGGCACCCAUAAGCACUACCCUUUCAGCAAGGAUGAGUAAUUGCAUAAG